UCUCGUAUCUUCUCUCCUUUCUUCAAGCAUUUUCUCGGGUCGGAUCCUUUAUUUGGAGCAUCUGCCAAAGGAGAAAAUGCCAGCAUCCACAGCAGCAAGACUUGUCUUUUGCCGCCGAUCAUCUUCUUGGCCACAGCACCAACUUUUCCGUAGGGCACUUUCUCAGCGGGCCACGAAAACGAAAGAUGCCCCUACAGCAUCAGCAGUGGUAUCUCCGUCGGAAUUGCCGCCGUUCGAUUAUGUGCCGCAGCCGUAUACCGGGCCUUCCUCGGACGAAAUUCUGGCGAAGCGUCGGGAGUACCUCAGCCCUUCCAUUAUGCACCUUUACAAGACUCCGGUGAAUGUAGUGGACGGAAAGAUGCAGUACCUGUUUGAUGAUAAGGGACGGAGGUACCUUGACGCAUUCGGGGGAAUUGCUACGGUGUGCUGCGGGCAUUGCCACCCUGAUGUGGUGGCGGCCAUAGUGGAACAAACAAAACGGUUGCAGCACUCUACAGUAUUGUAUCUGAACCAUUCCAUUGCUGAUUUUGCUGAGGCCCUGGCUUCUAAGCUCCCCGGUAAUCUAAAGGUUGCGUUUUUCACAAAUUCCGGAACAGAAGCAAACGAAUUAGCAAUACUGAUAGCAAAGAUGUACACGGGGUGCCAUGACGUAAUAUCUCUAAGAAACUCUUAUCAUGGGAAUGCAACUGGGACCAUGGCAGCCACAGCUCAAAGCAUUUGGAAAUUCAAUGUUGUGCAGAGUGGUGUCCAUCACGCUAUAAAUCCAGACCCUUACAGAGGCAUUUUUGGUUCUGAGGAAGAGAAGUAUGCAAGGGAUGUCCAAGACAUCAUCAAUUUCGGAACUUCUGGCAAUGUUGCCGCCUUCGUGGCCGAGGCCAUACAGGGAGUGGGGGGCAUUGUUGAGAUGGCUCCUGGUUACUUGCCACUUGCAUAUGAUAUGGUUAGAAAAGCUGGGGGUCUUUGUAUUGCUGACGAAGUUCAAGCUGGAUUUGCACGUGUUGGUAGCCAUUUUUGGGGUUUUGAGACCCAUGGUGUUGUACCUGACAUUGUCACCGUUGCAAAGGGUAUUGGAAAUGGCAUUCCCCUUGGUGCUGUAGUAACCACUCCAGAGAUUGCAAAGGCAUUGACUCAGAGAAAUUACUUUAACACCUUUGGUGGCAACCCUGUUUGCACUGCUGCAGGAUUGGCUGUUUUGAGAGUAAUAGAAAAAGAGAACCUUCAAGAAAAUGCAUUGCUAGUUGGAUCUUAUUUGAAGCAAAGGCUUAAUUCUCUCCAGGACAAAUAUGACUUGAUUGGUGAUGUGAGAGGAAAAGGCUUGAUGCUUGGUGUUGAAUUUGUUACUGAUCGUGAACUUAAAACACCAGCAAAAGAUGAAACACUACACUUGUUGGACCAACUUAAAGAAUUAGGCGUGCUAGUUGGGAAGGGUGGAUACUAUGGAAAUGUCUUCAGAAUCACACCUGCAUUGUGUUUCACCAAAGAAGAUGCAGACUUCCUUGUGGAUGCAAUGGACUACUCACUAUCUAGAAUCUGAGGGUUUAAAUAAGAUCCAAAUUGUAAAUAAAUGUUUUAUUUUCAUCUCAUCAUGAUAAAUAGUGACACUGUUAUCAUAUCAAAAUCUCUCUCAGAAAUAAAGUUUAAGAAGUUUAUAGU